CUGAAGAUUAUUCAUAUAUAAUGCAAUGUCGUGAUAUAAAGCCAAGAUACAAAAUUUUAAAAGAAUUAUUGGAUAAAUAUAAAACAUCAUCAAAACGUAUUUAUCAAAUUUGGAGAGGAGAAGAGGCCAAUAGAGUUCUCUGGGAUCAACCUAUACCUCAUUCAUAUAAUACACAAAGUGCACAAGUACAAUCUAAUAUAUCCAGCCAUGAAGUGACUACCUCUGGCAAUAAUUCAUCUAGUAUAAAUGAUAUGAUUCACUCUAAAGUUUCACUAGAUAAAUCAGCAGAGAUGGCACGACCAAAGAUUCAAAAUUCUACUUCCUCACGUGCAAUAAAAAAAAGUGUCUCUUCUGAUAGGGGAGAAGCCCCAUUGCUUUGCAAUAAUACAUCUAGAAGGAAGACCAAUCUUGAAAAAUUAAUGAAAGAUACUGAAAAACUAGCACCUAAGUACCCAUCUUUAUCUCAGUAA